UGCUGCUGGUCCUGUGGUGGAUGUUUGUGCUGUUGAUACGCACGGUUCGUAAACAUUUGGAAUACGCUGGAGUACCGACCGGGACCGACCCAGUCUGAUCUUUGUUGGAUGUGUGAACUGCAGCUACGUCACGUGAAGACAUUCUGACGGAGUCUCCCGCUGCGCUGUUCCUCCAUUGAUAAGUCUUUAAGCCACAAAUGAAUCAUGGAGGACGAGCUGAUGUUUCGCAAUGGACGAGGAGGGGAGUGCCAAAAGACCUCCUCUGCAGCCAAAACUCUCCCAGCCAGCGAACCUCGUCACCUGGCAAAGCCUGCGCUGAUGAUGCCGAUGACGAAGAUGACGAUGAUGAUGACGAUCGCAUCAUCUGCCCCAUACUGGCUGAUUCCAUGAAAAGAAAUCACCGACUAUAUGAGCAAGCUGGUCAAACCUCAACAGCUGUCAAACUCUCUGUCCAAAAGAACUUUGUGUACAAGAAUGACACAGAGGCCGAGCACGAGUCGCACAGGGUUUUGUCUGAGAGUGCACGGGAUGCCUGGAGGCAUGCCAUUGAAAAGGCCAAGUCCAUGCCUGAUCCGUGGGCACAGUUCCAUCUGGAGGACAUAGAGACUGAGCCCUGUGUACGCUACAGGUACAGCGCCAUCACAGGAGAGUGGGCUGAAGACCAGGUCCACAUCAAGAUGGCAGCUCAGCCAUUCGGGAAAGGCGCCAUGAGGGAGUGCUUCAGAACGAAGAAGCUGUCGAAUUUCUCACACAGCAGUAACUGGAAGUCUGCCUCUAACUACGUGGCCAAACGUUACAUAGAGACCGUGGACCGAGAUGUUUACUUUGAGGAUGUCAGGCUGCAGAUGGAAGCCAAGCUUUGGGGAGAGGAAUACAACCGCCACCGGCCUCCCAAACAGGUGGACAUCAUGCAGAUGUGUGUGUUAGAGAUGACAAAUAGGCCAGGUAAACCUCUCUUCCACCUGGAACACUAUAUUGAGGGCGUGUACAUCAAAUACAACUCCAACUCGGGUUUUGUGAGAGACGACAACAUCAGACUUACCCCACAGGCCUUCAGUCACUUCACCUUUGAGCGGUCAGGGCACCAGCUUAUUGUGGUGGACAUCCAGGGAGUUGGAGACCUAUACACUGAUCCGCAGAUCCACACGGAGGCCGGUACAGACUUUGGAGAUGGAAAUCUGGGUGUACGAGGGAUGGCGCUGUACUUCCACUCUCACCUGUGCAACAGGAUCUGUAAGAGUAUGGACCUGACUCCUUUUGAUCUGUCAUCUGCCGAGAAAUCCAAACUGGACGGCACCAACAAACUGCUAAAAUCAGCCCGAACCGUGCUGAGGGGUUGCGAGGAGCACUGUGGCAGUCCUCGCGUUCGUACCACAUCAUUGAGCCGUGGGUCUUCACUGCUGUUCCGCCUGUCAGAGACAUCAUCUGUAGAUGAAAGUAUGAGUGAAGGUGACUCUAUUCCCUGUUCUCCUCAAGUCUUUCCCUGCUCCCCACCUCCUCUAAAUGGAUUUAUGGGUAGAUCUCCCGGGGUGCACGAACAUGACAGACUCAACAAUAACAGUGGAACUGAACACAUGGAAUGUGAGAAUGGUGGUGACAGUGGCUAUCCCAGCGAGAGAAGAAGCGAUGGGGACCCAAGUGACCAUUUAGAUGGAGUCCAUCACCGCUACCACAGGCAUUAUUCAGAAUCGGAUGACGACAGUUUCAGACGGGUGACAGAUGAGAAGUGGAGCUUCUAUCAUUCAUCUCGUGCUCACGAGCACCGACCUUCCUGUGUUGCCACUGAGAUGGAGCGACUUGCUGCUCUUGCGCAGAAGAAACUUGGCCAGUCAAUCCUUGGAAAGGUCCACCUUGCUAUAGUACGCUACCAUGAAGCAGGUCGUUUCUGUGAGAAGGACGAGCCUUGGGAUCAGGACUCAGCCCUGUAUCACCUAGAAAAAGCCGCUCAGUGUGGAGAGCUGGAAGCGAUCAUCGCUUUGGGACAGUGCUAUCUGCAGCUGCCGCACCACAUACUGCCAGACCUACAGCUGGAUGACACUGCAGGAAAUAAGAUGAAAGGUUUCAAGUAUCUUCUGCAGGCUGCUGAUGCUGGGGACAGAUCCUCCAUGAUCAUCAUGGCCAGAGCCUUCGAUAAUGGAUUGAACCUGUCAGCAGACAGAAAGCAAGACUGGAAUGUGGCCAUGCAGUGGUACGACAGGGUGUUGAAUAUGACCGACUAUGACGAGGGAGGAGAGUUCGACGGCACACAGGAUGAGCCCAGCUACCUGCUGCUGGCCAGAGAGGCUGAGAUGUACAAAGAGGGUGGCUACAACCUCACCGCUGACCCCCAGAAAGCAGGUGACUUGUUUACAGAGGCAGCAGAAGCCGCUACGGCUGCCAUGAAGGGGCGGCUGGCUAACCAGUACUACAUGAAAGCUGAAGAGGCCUGGGCACUUAUGGAGGAGUAACACCAGCUCAAGGACAUUCUUUAUUUCAUUUUUUUUUUUUUUCCUGGACAUGCACACAGAAGCAACAGAAUUCGAUAAAAUAAUUAUGAAAAUUCAGAUCAAGGCCAGGGCACUUAAUGGUAUCUUCCUGGAAUCUGGAAGCUUGCUUUGUUUUACGGUUCAGGAUAAAAACUUGAACGGUUACAGUUUACGUAUUUUUUUAUGAUGUCAUGCUUGCUAAUGGUGCUUUAGGUGUGUGUGUGGGGGGGGGGUACCUCUCCUUACCCUGAACUACAAGGAUUUCUCAAACUUUCUAUCAAUAUAUUUCCGUUGAAGGAGUCAUAUUACACACGGUUUAAGCAAGUGAAUAGUACAGAUUAAAGCUUGUUGCCAAACGUACAGUGGUUGAGAGAAGCCACUACACUUCUGAAUUAAGACAACACUUGCAUAGUAAAAAACAAAAAAAGACUUGUGUUAAUUCAACAAGUAGUUGCCUCAAAAAUGCCUUGCAAAUUGAGAAAACACAAAGAACACAAAAGAAUUACACAACCGUUUAUUAUUGUUUGCGAUAGACUGGCAUCCUGUCCGGGAUGUACCCCAACUUUCACCCUAUGAGUGCUGAUAGGCUCCAGCCCUCCUGUGACCCUUAAAUGGAGUAAGUGGGUAUAGAAAGUGGAUGAUUUUAAUGUGUCUGCUGCUAAUUCACACAACGCACACACACACACACACACAAAAAAACACAGAUGUGCUGUAGAUAGCCACUACACACUGGACAUACUAACAACAUCCAAACAUGUUAUUGCAUGUGUUCUAAGUCAUAUUUGUGUUCUUUGCUUUUUGGUCCUUUUUUUCAAUUUGCAAGACAUUUUUUGACACAAUUACCAGUUGUAGAGUAGAUGUCGGUAUUUUUGUAUUUGCUAGGGUUGUCUUAUGCAUGUUGUGGCCUCUCUAGGCCACUGUAGAGGUACACACAUCCACACUAUGUUACCCCCCCCCAAAAAAAACAAAAAAACAAACAAACAAAAAAAUAAUAAUAAAAUGAAUAAAAAAUUAAAAAACUGAAUAACAACCUUUCCCGUGUUUAUCAGGUCUCUAAAGUGAGUUUCAAAUGUUUAAGACCUGCGCUUUGGGAGAGCAGGCGUCUCUCCAUUUGUCCCCGCAGACUGAGCGUACCUAAAUUAUGCUUACAUCAAGAAAUAUGUAAAUGCACAGUUACACAAUUGUAGGAUUCUGAGGGUGUUUAUUAUGCAACUGUCACCGCAUUAUUGUUAUUAUUACUAUUAAAUAUACAUUAAAAAGUAAUUUUGCACAAUAUGGCCCUUUUAAAUCUUAAAAUCACUGUUUGUGUUUUUAUAAAAAAACAAACAAAAAAAACAGGUGUGAAGUUUUAAAUGCUAUUCCAUGAAUAUUAAUAUACCAAUGCUGAAUAUAUGUAUAAAAAAUGCUUGGUGUGUGGAAGUGUCAAACAAUAUUUCCGUUACUUUUACUGAUAAACAAUACUGAUCAUAUUUUCUUUCCUGUUUUGAUUCUUACGUAGAUGGCAUCAACAUUGAGUCUGUGUUUUUAAUGCUGCAUCACGCAUUGGAUGUGUGAAUUUUUUUUAUGUUAUGAAAAUGUAGGAGGGAAAAUUGCUUGUGUGCAGAGAUUUUGCAAGUUCUCAUCUUUUCCAGGCCAUUCGGGAGGUUAAUUCAGCAGUAAAAUUACAUUCGCUGCGUUCUAAUUAAUGAUCAGGUGGAAAUAGGGAUGGGACAAACCAAGGACACAGGAUAUUCCUAGGUUUUGCAAAAACCUGGGUAUGUACCCUGUAUGCAGUAAACAAGUCCAUCCACUCCAGUUUAAUACAAUAACUCCAAAAGAAUAAAUGUCAUCAUUGUGUAAGUCUCCAAAUUAAAGGGGUACAUAAUGAGAGUAAAGCUGUAACACUGAUGCACGAGAUCAAUAGGAAAAAAAGCAUUUGUUUUGCUUAUGAAUCAUACCACAUACCUGCGUGCCACAUCCUCCAUGUCUAGACUCGUUGCAGGGGAAUAAUCUUGUCAUCACAUGCAUGCAUAGAAAUUAGGAGCAGGUGUUUCUGAAGUUACUUUUAUCAAGGCCACCAAUGCGAGACAAAUAAUAUGCAGAACUGCAACAAUUACUCCUCUUAUAUCUGAACCUGUUUUAUACAUUACUGGUUCCAAAGAUCACA